UCUCUGCUACGCUAAGCGUAAGAAACGCUCAUUUCCGCGACGUCGUCCUGCACCGUCCCUCCAGCGCCUCACUCUUCAGUCAGAGCGCGAACGUUCCCGGAAUAAGCAGGCAGGCACAGCGGAGCGGAGAUCCCUACCCCGUGGUUAUUUACUCCUGCUGCUGGGGCAGAGGGACAUAGAGACACAGAGAGAGAGAGAGAGAGAGACAGAGAGAGAGAGAGGGACAGAGAGAGAGAGAGAGAGAGAGAGAGGGGGGGGGGGGGGGUGAAGAAGUAAGAAGAAGAGACACAUGCUUUUGUGAUUUAUUGUACGCUGCUAAACAAGUUCUGUGCAUCUUGUUGAAGGAAGGAAUCUGGAAGAAUCUUUAAGACCGGGGGGGGUUUCGGGUUUCAGAGCUGAUGGACUAGUCGGUGUCAGGGGCAGCUGUGAGAUCCACCGUCUGUGUCUGUUCUUGGGUCGACCUUACACCUCCUGCCUCUGCUCGCGCUCCAUCGUUUAGGCUUUUGCUUUUCAGGAGGGGUGAGGGGGGGGGGGGGAGGGCGGCGGCGGAGGAAGAAAGUUAACGCCGCAAGUUUCGGAUGGAUGAAGCGGUGAGAGGACUUUGGGUGUUCUUUGUGUUGUCGUCUUUUUUUCCCCUUCUCCUCCAGUGCGUUGCUCGCACACGCUGAGCCACUGGCUCCACUGAAGCACCCAACCCUUGUGUUGUCAAUGGAUCAAGCCCUGUGUCAUCAAGCUUCUACUCGCCUCAUGAAGAGCGUGCGGAGCUCCUCCGUCGUUGCAACAUGAGAGACUCGCACACAGGUGCCACCGUGGUACAGGGAUAACAACCACAGCCAGAGAAAGAAGACCAGAAGAAGGGCCGCUGGGACCGAGGACCUUACGCUUUCUCCUCCGAAGGGGAGCCGUGCACGGACCUCCGGCGGUCAUUUAAGCGCAAAAAAAAAAAAAAACCUGAGGGCUCGGACCCUUAACCCUCAACCCAACCUCCCCCUUGCCGACCCACUCGCAUCCCCCUCCCCUCCCUUUCCCUUCCCCUACCCGUUCCCAUCCCAUCCCUCCCAUGGGCUGUGGGGAUGGCGGAUUUAGCCAGCCGGCACUUGUCUGUGGAGGUCAGCUGAAGACGACACCGCGCCGCUAAACCUGGAUUAGCCUCCGAACGAGUUUCAAUGCUCCUCCACGUUCUAAGAUGAAGUUAUGGAAAGGUGCUACUUUUGCCUUCAUGCUCUGUGGUGCAGCACUGUCCGUCCUCCUCACUAGAAACAUGGCUCCCGUCAGGCAGUCCAAGCUCAGGACUAAAUACCCCAGCAUGUCGUCCUCCUCCUCCUCUUCCUCGCGUGGCACGCCGUCCGUAUUCCCGUCCACGCGGGCCAGCCCGGCGCUGGUGCCCUACUCUUCCUCGUCGGCCCUUUCGUCCUCCAAGACGGCGUCCGGCGAAGCGCUCGACCGGAGGGCCCGGUCGGCCGACAGCGGACACUCACUCCUCUCUGAGUUCUCCAGGCUGUUCCAGAGCUUCACCGAGGGUGAGCUGCGGCAGGUCGUGAGCACCCUGCUAGACCGUAAGGACCGCCGGAGCCGGCGCCUGGAGCAGAACCAGGCCCGGAGGACGAAGCGGGCGCGGAGACCCAAGCCCUGCUCCCUGCGGGAGCUGGAGCUGACCGUGAGCGAGCUGGGCCUGGGCUACGAGAGCGACGAGACCCUGCUGUUCCGCUACUGCAGCGGCAAGUGCCUGGACCACCGGCGCAACUACGACAUCACCCUGGAGCGCAUGCGGCGCUCGGGCUUCAGCAAGAAGGGCCGCAGGGACAAGGUGAGCAACGGCCCCUGCUGCCGGCCGGUGGCCUACGAGGAGGACAUGUCCUUCCUGGACAACAACAGCCGCUACCACACCAUACAGGAAGUGUCGGCGCAGGCGUGCGGCUGCGUAUGA